AUGCUUAGAAGUGUAAGAGUCUCUGGUAGACGGUUUUACUCUCUGAAGUUCGAAAAUGAGGUGCUUGAGUUCGCCAAUAGGAAAGCCACUGUGAAGUCCAAUCACAGCUGGUAUUAUCCACCGCUGUCGCAGCUCAGAUCGCUGGAACCAAUGCGCAUUCCUGCGUUCAGAUCGAAGUUUGACCAGUUCCACUGGCCACAGAGCAAGCGUGUGGAUGAGGAGUGCUGCCUCGAAGGACGUAUCCAUAGCAUACGGAAGUCUGGAAAGGGUAUGGUGUUUAUGGACCUUGUACAGGACAACUCCAAGGUUCAGCUGGUGCUGAUGAACAAGAUGAUCGGGUGCUCCAAAGACGAGUUUGGUGAAUACGUUGAUCUGUUCAGGAAAGGCGAUAACGUUGUUGCCAUCGGCUUCCCAGGGGUCACGAACGUUGGUGAGCUGUCGCUCAAAUUGACGCAGCAGUUGAAGAUGGCAUCGCCUAUACUGCACCCUCUACCUCCAAAAUUAACAGAUCUGGAGAAGAGACACCAUAACAAAGUUGUUGACUACUUGGUCAACAGCCGUUCAAGGGACCUGAUAAUGGCCAGGAGCAUGAUCUUGCAAACGAUUAGAAAGUUCUUUGAAGCAAGAGACUUUAUCGAGGUGGAAACCCCAAUACUGUCUGUAAACUCCAACGGUGCCAAUGCUACUCCCUUCGUUACCCAUUCCAAGCACAUCAAAUCUGGUGACGAUCCAAUCCCUCUGCAACUACGUGUUGCACCUGAACUUUGGCUAAAGAGACUGGUCAUUGGUGGCUUUGACAAAGUGUUUGAAGUGAGCAGAGUCUUCAGAAAUGAAGGCAUCGAUGCGACUCACAACCCAGAGUUCACCACCGUGGAGUUCUAUCAGAGCUUUACUACGCUGGAACAGCUCAUGGAGCUGACUGAAGGACUUCUAUUGGAGAUAUCGCAGAGGAUGCAAUCCAUGGAUAUCACAAUUGUUAGAGCCAAAGAACUCUUGCAACAAAGCUCCAUAGGCUUCAAGAAGCUGGAGUUCAUACCAGAAAUUGAAAAGGCAACUGGAUUGCCGUUCCCACAAGAAGUCACUGAAUCAUCGCUGCUGGAAUACUUUGACAAGAUCUCACUGCCACGUCCAAGUAUAGCGAGUGUCCCACAGCUGCUGGACAAGCUCUCGUCGACAUAUCUGGAACCCCAAUGCGUUGAACCAACUUUUAUAUACCACCAACCUUCUCAGAUGUCACCUCUUUCCAAAGCAACCACUUUGGAGUAUACCAAUGGUUCGUAUGAAGUCUCAAGACGGUUCGAGCUGUUCAUCCAGGGCAACGAGUUUGUCAAUGCGUACGAGGAGGAGAACUCUCCAAUUGAACAGGCAAGGAAGUUUGCCCUACAACAACAGGAGAAGAACAUCCACCAUGAUGAGGAAACCCCGUUGCCUGAUACCAAGUAUGUUGAUAGCAUGGAGUACGGUUUACCACCAACUGGAGGCUGGGGCAUGGGCAUUGAUCGUCUAUGUGUGUUUCUAUCCAACGAGCAGCGUAUUGAGGAAGUGCUGACGUUUGGCACUUUGCCAGAUGUCGUUAGACAAUGA